AUGGCGGGCUCUUCUGUUUCUAUACCUCACCACGAAGAUCUUAUCGUGUCUCGACAAAUCCAACGUCUUGCAGUUUACUUUGGGAUUUGUCAAUUGCUAUCCGGCAUCGUGUACGUUAUUUGCAGUAUUAUUGCUAUCAGCCAAUUUCACGAUGAAGCUAUUCCACCAGUUAAUUACGGUGUAAAUUUUAUAUCAGGAUUAAUGUUCUGUUUAACAGGAAUUUUGUCAGUAAUAUGCCUAUAUCAACCGGAAUUACAAUAUUCUUGUUCCGAAAUAGCCAAUAUGGUAGUCAAUAGACAGACUCAAAGCAAUAAAGGUGCCGUCGGUUUGACUUUCUGUCUUUCCACUAUACUUGUCCAUUUCAUCGAGAUCAUGAAAGAUGUCGCAUAA